AUUCUUUUGAAUGACGAAUCGUCCGAAUGACGAUUCGAUUCUUACGAUUCUUUAUUUGCAGUCGUUCAAAUGAACGACUCAUUCACGAAUCGCCACUACUGUACUGUGUAGUCCGCGGCAACCUCGUGGUGUUGUGGGAAUUUGUGUGACAUUCUCCAGACUGUAGAACUGAAGCCAUGGACCAGGAGCCAACUCUGUGGAUAAAAAAAGAGGGAACAGAUGAAGUACAAACUGAGUUAUGCUUCAUGGCCCAAGUUUACCCAUGCAGCAUGAAUGUAAAAGAAGAGUUGGAGGAGGGUGCGAAUAAAGAGUUUCUUGAAGACCCAUUAAGGGCUGACGACCCUAGUGUUUGGGUAAAGCAAGAUCCCGAACUGAAACAACAUGCUGCUGGAUCUGAGCAUAAUUCUGUUGAAGAUCCAUUGGGAAUAUUUUGGUCCACUGAUUUCAUCAAGGAGGAUCCUGAAUUAAAUUUGGAAAUGAAUAUAACUGAGAAUACUGUGGGAACCUCAACAAGAUACGCAUCUGAUAGUGCAAGAUUUACUCAGACUACUGGUGGGAUCUGCAGCAAAUCAUGUGAGGAAACUUGUCACCAUAGACUUGUCCAGGAAGAGUUGGUGAUAGACAUGGAGAAGUCAACACAUGGGUUCAGUACCAAUACAGAAGAUGUGACUAUUGAUAAGGAAUGCUCAGUUGCCACCCGAUAUGACUGCAGUACGAGGGAAAAGGAAUUACAUGUUUAUAGCUGUAAUUUCUGCCAACAGAGCUUUCCUUCAAAAUACAGACUCAUUAUGCAUGUGUUUAUGCACAAUGAUGGAACGCAACCACAUUUGUAUGUUUGUAAGUGGUGUGGUGAGGUAUUUGACAGUAAUGCUGGCUUGAAAAAGCAUAUGAGAAUGAGUGAUAAUUGUCAAUUUUUAACUGCUGACAGUCAUGAAAGAUAUGGCCAUAGUGAUGAGCAUCAAAGCAGUACCUUGUUGGAUAGCGAGCCAGAAGUUUCUGUCACAGAGCACAGUGGGCAGUUGUCAUGUAAGGAAACUUGGAAAGUGUCAAAGAAGCCCUCUAAUGACAUGUGUAACACACACAUGACAAAUGAUAGAGAGAAAAAAAGUAAUUAUGGAACUUCGUCUAUAGCUGUUAAUGUCAGUGUCCAGGCUGAUAUACUUACUGCAAACAGACCCAACAAAUGUGGUAUUUGUGGCAAAUUGUUUGCUAGAUCAGGUGAUCUCAAGAGACAUGGUUCUAUUUGUACUGGGAAAAGACUUCACAAAUGUGAUAUUUGUGACAAAUGGUUUGCCCGGUCAGGUAAUCUGAAGGCACAUAUAUUAAUUCACAAUGGAAAGAAACCGCACAAAUGUGAGAUUUGUGGGAAAUCUUUCACGAUGUCAGGUGCUCUCAAGAGACAUGUAUUACUUCACACCGGAAAGAAACCUCACAAGUGUGAGAUUUGUGGGAAAUGUUUUGCCUUGUCAAGCAAUCUCCAGAUACACACAUUAAUUCACACUGGAAUUAAACCUCAUACAUGUGAGAUUUGUGGGAAAUCUUUCAGGAUGUCAGGUGGUCUCAAGAAACAUGUAUUAAUUCACACUGGAAAGAAACCUCACAAAUGUAAAAUUUGUGUGAAAUCUUUUGCUAGGGGGCACCAUCUCAAGAGACACCUAUUAAUUCACACUGGAAAGAAACCUCACAAAUGUGAUAUUUGUGGGAAAUCUUUUGCUGGGUCAGGCGUUCUCAAGAGACACUUAUUACUUCACACUGGAGAGAAACCUCACAAAUGUGAAAUUUGUGGGAAAUCUUUUGCUUGGUCAUGUAAUCUUAAGACACACUCAUUAAUUCACACUGGAAAGAAACCUCACAAAUGUGAGAUUUGUGGGGAAUCUUUUGCUAGGUCAGGUGAUCUCAAGCAACAUUCAUUAAUUCAUUCUGGAAAGAGACCCCAUAAAUGCCAUAUUUGUGGGAAAUCUUUUGCUAGGUCAGGAAAUCUCAAGACACAUGUAUUAAUUCACAUCGGAAAGAAACCUCACAAAUGUGAGAUUUGCAACAAAUCGUUUGCCCAGUCACGUCAUCUGAAGCUACACGGAUUAAUUCACACUGGAAAGAAACCUCACAAAUGUGAGAUUUGUGGGAAAUCUUUUGCUAGGUCAGGUGAUCUCAAGCAACAUUCAUUAAUUCACUCUGGAAAGAAACCCCAUAAAUGCGAUAUUUGUGGGAAAUCUUUUGCUAGGUCAGGUGAUCUCAAGACACACUCAUUAAUUCACACUGAAAAGAAACCCCACAAAUGCGAUAUUUGUGGCAAAUCGUUAGCCACAUCAGGUUCUCUCAAGAGACACACAAUAAUCCACACUGGAAAGAAACCUUACAAAUGUGAGAUUUGUGGGAAAUCUUUUGCCCAUUCAGGUCAUCUCGAGAGUCACAUAUUAAUUCACACUUUAAAGAAACUGCACAAUUGAGAUUUGUGGCAAAUCAUUUGCUAGAUCAGGUGAUCUCAAGACACAUACAUUAGAACACAUUAGUAGGAGACCUCACAAAUGUGAUGUGACAAAAGUUUCAUUCAGGUGGGAACUCUUAACACACAUGCACUACUUCACAUCAAAAAGAAAUUACAACAAACAGAUUUUCCUGGUUGGUGCUCUAAAGGCCUAUAAAACAAUGGAUGUGGCAGGGGGACAGUAAAUUGUAUUGCCUGUGAAAUAAAAUUAAAAUGUGGUAGGAUUGUGAAAAAAUGUGCAAUAAUGUGACAAUAUAUAAAUCCGUAUCUGCCGCUUUACAUGUCAAGAAAUGGUAAUCCUAAAUACUCCAGAAACAUGAAUCAGAUGUGUUUUUGUCAUUAGCUUUGCUGCUUUUUCCUAUCGAUCUUGAGACAAGAAGAUUGUGAAUUGUGAUAAAUCCUUACAUUUGUCGGUAAUCAUAAGUACUAUGCAAUAUUCAGUAUAAGGCCAAGGAAAUGUGAUGACUUGCUGUUUAUUAUUCCAAACAGUCAUCAUGUAGUACUUGUAUCUAUGUAUUUUAGAAAUAGUGACUGUAAAUAUAUAUUCAUGGCACUUGCUUCAUUCGGACUGGUAACCUCAAAACUGGAGAAACACAAUUAUAAUAAUUGUUUUACUUGGAUAUGUUUUCUCAAGGGAUUUGCUGUGUCAUUAAUAGUGUGUACAUUUAUGUUCUGUUAGUACUAAUCCUUCAUAAGUACAUGUAACAACAAAUAUAGCAACCUGAUUAAUAGCAUGUUUGUCCACCGUUGGAACACAGUACUUGACACAUCAUUUACAUGUUUCUGGGUUUAUGUUGCACCAGUUGUAUGCCACACAUUGAUAUCAGCUAUAUGGUGUGGUCAAGACAUCGGUGUUAGUUACCAUGUUACUCAGACCAAUGUGGAGUUGUUCUGCACAUGUGACAUGGACAAGUAUCCUGCUGAAAGAUACCUUCAGCAUGGGAGAGCUCAUCAGCAAUGCAGUUGCAAUAAAGGUCACAUAGUCUGCAACCACCAUGAUGCCUUCUAUUACUACCAAAUGUCCCAAAGGAGCCAAAGUGACUGCCCCCAUAGCGUAAUGCGCCCUCCAUCUGGCGCCAUUCACCUAUAUAGCAUAUCUGGACGUACAACUGACCUGGUGUAACAGGAAAUGUCACCCAUCCUGACAGUUGACGUUUGCAUUGACCUUCAUUCCAGCCUCAGUGAUCCCUUGCCCACUGCAGUUGCAAUUUAACAUUUUGGUGGAUCGAUAUGGAAACAUACAGUGACCAUAUUUUGUGGAGCCCCAUGUUCAACAAUGUACAUUAAAUUGUGGGUUCAAAAACGUGUAUGGCUGCUUCAGCAUUGUUAUCCCUCAUUAGAUAUGCCACACAUUGCCUCAUGUCCAGCUUUACAGAGCAGGCAAGCAUCUGACUUCCAUGAUUGGUGUUGAAGUGUAUAUGUAUUACAUCUUUUCAUAAGGUUAUGGAUUUAUCACCUUUCAGCCACUUCCACAGAUGUUCACAACAGUAGCAUAGAUCCAGCCAACCAGCUUCACCACUUUUGAGCUGCUCGUUCCCAACUGCCAUGCCAUUGUAAUUCACGUUUGCUAAAGUCACUUAUGUCAUUGGAUUUACAUGUUUGCAACCCGUCUAAAUGGUAGAACAAUUCCUUGUAAAUCUCUGGUCUGCUUAUAUACUUGUAAUCUGCUUACUGCAUCAUGUGCAUACAAUAUGUGGCGUUCAUUCUCCUCAUGGGCAGUGUUCAUGACAUUUUUGCCCAUUAGUGCAUCUUCACGUAAAUCGGUCAGAUGCGAAACUGUAAUCUAAGAAAUUUGUCAUGCUUGGUUGCCAUUUACACCAGUGCACAAUAGCUGUAUUUCUUUGUGAAAUAUUUUUGUUUCACAAAGCUCUGUACAUGAUUCAGAGAUAAUGUAGAUAAGUGUUAUGCACCAAAGCUCUUAAUUAUUUGUUCAGCAUUUAAUACUGUGUAAGUUCUACAAAAAAAAUGAAAUAGGUAAACAAACAUUAGGUGUUAUGAUUUGAUUCCAGUUAUUUGUAUACACAAGAACAACACUUGUGAGAGCUCAGAACGUGAGCACCAAAUAUUUCUUGUUAUAUUCAAAGAUGUUUCCAUUGUGGGUAUUUUUCUUAAUUUGUGUAAAUAUACAUGAGGUUUUUGGA